AUUCGAACAGAAAGCAGAUUGAAAAGCGGUCUGUCAAGAAGCCUUCUGAUGAAUAUGGCAAAUAUGAAACAGGUUAUAUUGUUCUUUGCAAUAAUGGCUACAACAAGUAAAGGUCAGUUAGUUCCAUGCUCUACUGCAACGCUAUCAUUUGCAGUCACUAUGGAUGGCUCAUCCAGCAUUAGAGCGAAUGAAUUUCAACAACAAAAAGAUUUUAUUAAGCGACUCAUUACCCGAAUUGAUGUGUCUGGAAACAGCAAUGCUGGGCUUGUACAGUUUGCAAGUAGUAGUCAAAUACAUAUCAGAUGUAACGACGCUGCUACAUCGGGUGCUUUUAAUACACUGGUAGAUGGAGUCACCAGCCUGACUAGUGCAACUUGUAUCAAGUGCGGUUUAGACAAAGCACAAGAAUUAUUGUCAGGAAAUGGAUGUGGAAGAACAGGAGAGAAUAAAAUAAUCUUUCUAAUGGUUGAUGGAAAUGAAAAUAUAUUCCCUAGCCAGGUGGUAACUACUGCAACUAAUCUUCGAAAUUCUGGAUAUGUUAUCUAUGCUCUGGCAAUCGGAAAUAUUGUUACCGCAGCAAAUGCAUCGUUGCUUACCGGAAGCGCUGAUAGAGUUUUUUCAACACAAUUUGCUGAUUUAGCAACUUAUGAUAUUGAUACAUUAUAUGCUGCAUUAACCUCGACAUACUGUACUGUUUCACAAACUGGUUGGUCUCAUUGGGGUCAAUGGUCAUCAUGUUCUAACACUUGUGACCCUGUUGGUGUCACACCAUCACGCAGCCGAACGAGAAGUUGCCAAAGUGGUGCUACCUGCCCAGGUUUUAACACUACAAUUGUUAGCUGCAAUGAAAAUAUCCCAUGUCCAGGUGUUCUGACAUCAUGGGGUAAAUGGAGCGUAUGUUCAGCUACCUGCCGGGAAAAUGGUGCUUCUGCACCCACUCGAACACGAAGUCGUCAGUGUGACAAUCCCAGCCUUGGAGGGAAUUGUGGUGGUGCCAGCUUAACAGAACCAGAAAUCUGUAACAAUGCGUCAUGCUUUGUGAUUAGUUGCUCCAAUGCCGACAUAUCGUACAUCAUUGUCAUUGACUCAUCCAGCAGUAUCAAAAGAUCACUACCAGACGAAUGGAGUCAAGAAAAAACUUUCGUUAAGAACUUUGCCGCCCAGCUUGGUCUUGGAACAAACCCACGAAUUAGAGUGGGCGUUGUCAAUUAUGGUACUUACGCUAACAUCGUUGCUACUUGUGACUCCACCGAAACUAGCAAUUUAGCAAAUUUUAAUGCAUUAAUAGAUGCUUUACCUCCUAUACUUGGUGGUACCGCCAUUUAUGGUGCCUUGCUUAAAGCUCGUGAUUUAUACACUGGUGCUGGAUGUAACCGUGCAGGUGAACUAAGAGUUGUACUUUUUCUCACGGAUGGGUUCGAGAAUGUCGAAUUUAAUUACACUCUCCGUGUAAGCACAGAAAAUUUAGUGCGCAGUGAAGCUUUAAUAUAUGUUGGUGCAAUUGGUACAGAUGUAAGACUUCCUGAACUUGUUCGUAUCACUGGGAAUUCGUCUCUGAUAUUUACUGCAAGUAAUUUUUCAGAAUUAUCUAACAUUGAUGCUGCUGCUUUACAUCCGAGAGUUGUUAGCCACGUUUGUCAAGUUGGUGGAGUUUGGGGUAGCUGGUCUGCAUUUGGAUCUUGUUCAAUCAGCUGUGGUGUAAAUGGUGUGAAAACAAGAACACGAGAGUGUAGAAGUCCUGUAACUAAUGCUUUAGAGAGUGAUUGUGUUGGUUCUGCUAACAAUACUCACGCAUGUUUUGAAGGAGAUUGCGCAGGUUCUUGGUCACAGUGGUCAGCCUUUGGAUCAUGUUCAGCAACUUGUCAUUUUGAAGCAGUUGGUUCCCCACCAAGCCAAUUGAGAACAAGGACUUGUGUUGGCGCUACUGGAGCAGGAAAUUGUGGUGGAGGACUCACAUCAGAAACAAGGAGCUGUAACGUUCAAGUUACUUGUCCAGUGAUUAGUUGCUCCAAUGCCGACAUAUCGUACAUCAUUGUCAUUGACUCAUCCAACAGUAUCAAAAGAUCACUACCAGACGAAUGGAGUCAAGAAAAAACUUUCGUUAAGAACUUUGCCGCCCAGCUUGGUCUUGGAACAAACCCACGAAUUAGAGUGGGCGUUGUCAAUUAUGGUACUUACGCUAACAUCGUUGCUACUUGUGACUCCACCGAAACUAGCAAUUUAGCAAAUUUUAAUGCAUUAAUAGAUGCUUUACCUCCUAUACUUGGUGGUACCGCCAUUUAUGGUGCCUUGCUUAAAGCUCGUGAUUUAUACACUGGUGCUGGAUGUAACCGUGCAGGUGAACUAAGAGUUGUACUUUUUCUCACGGAUGGGUUCGAGAAUGUCGAAUUUAAUUACACUGUCCGUGUAAGCACAGAAAAUUUAGUGCGCAGUGAAGCUUUAAUAUAUGUUGGUGCAAUUGGUACAGAUGUAAGACUUCCUGAACUUGUUCGUAUCACUGGGAAUUCGUCUCUGAUAUUUACUGCAAGUAAUUUUUCAGAAUUAUCUAACAUUGAUGCUGCUGCUUUACAUCCGAGAGUUGUUAGCCACGUUUGUCAAGUUGGUGGAGUUUGGGGUAGCUGGUCUGCAUUUGGAUCUUGUUCAAUCAGCUGUGGUGUAAAUGGUGUGAAAACAAGAACACGAGAGUGUAGAAGUCCUGUAACUAAUGCUUUAGAGAGUGAUUGUGUUGGUUCUGCUAACGAUACUCACGCAUGUUUUGAAGGAGAUUGCGCAGGUUCUUGGUCACAGUGGUCAGCCUUUGGAUCAUGUUCAGCAACUUGUCAUUUUGAAGCAGUUAAUUCCCCACCAAGCCAAAUGAGAACAAGGACUUGUGUUGGCGCUACUGAAGCAGGAAAUUGUGGUGGAGGACUCACAUCAGAAACAAGGAGCUGUAACGUUCAAGUUACUUGUCCAGAUAAUGAACAAGACAAUAUUGUCACUGUGGUGGUCAUCACAAUUGUUGCUACCCUGGUUGUAGUUGUCAUCACUAUCGCUAUCAUUUUAAAGUGUAAAGGUAGCAGCGCUUGCAAUAGCAACCGCCAAGAGAACAAGGAAAGUGAGAAUGCUGAUAGCUACGAUGAUGUGGUAGGAACACCAGCACCUCAAUAUGCCGAUCUUAGCAUACAAUCUAUACAACCAAGCAACUACGCGGAGUUGGCAACUACCAGAGAUUAUUACAACGCAUGCGAAGAUAUUGAGAUGACGAAAAUACGCAAUGGUAGCAGCGCUUGCAAUAGCAACCGCCAAGAGAACAAGGAAAGUGAGAAUGCUGAUAGCUACGAUGAUGUGGUAGGAACACCAGCACCUCAAUAUGCCGAUCUUAGCAUACAAUCUAUACAACCAAGCAUCUACGCGGAGUUGGCAACUACCAGAGAUUAUUACAACGCAUGCGAAGAUAUUGAGAUGACGAAAAUACGCAAUGGUGCAAUUUUCAACACUUGAAUUUUAAGUUUAUUUACGAUAUACUUUAUUAAAGGGCCUUUUUUUUAUUAAUUGCACAAAAUCCCAUUUUAAAAAUGCAUUAAAACCAAGAUAAGGAAAACCAAGCAGGGACAGGUUUAUAUAUUAGCCACUUUUAAACUAAAAUUUAAAGCCGCGGGUUUACUUAAAAUGAAAUAUUUUAUAAAGUGAUGGGUGUACACAAAUUCUGUUAAAGUCAAAAGUUAUGCACUCUUUGAAAUAAAUCUUUUGACUAUUUGAACCAUGUAUCCAAGUGGCCUUUUUUACAGAACUACGAAUUUUUUAUACCACGUGUCUAAUUCUAAGCUGGAGAGUAUAUUUUAAUAAAUUUUUGGUGACCUGGGAUAUAACAGCACUGUUUUAUGAAAGCAUAUGUGACAAAAAAAGCAGAAUAAAAUUCAGCACAAGACAACAUAAAAAUGUAUUUUAUAAAAUAUAAAUUACAUUUUAUAUGUAAAAAAGGCAUUUUUCCUUUUUAUAUUACUAUUCCCCAUC